GUGAUCUUAUCUCCUCUUGGGUAGAUACACAGCGACGAACAAUAUUUCCAGGUCUUUCUGCAUGGGUUAAGCUUUCAGACAGAGUUGAAUACACGUAAUUCGUUUAAAUUACCGGGUUAGCGUAAGCUUCAGUCCGGAGGACCGAUCGAGGUGAAGACCAUGGUGCGCGUUCUCAAAAGUGAAUCGAUAUCGCCGUGUGGUGCAUUUGUCGUAUGUGCCAUCCUGCAUGGUGUCGCUUUCGCAGAUUUUAGACUGGACGUUAACGAUGGAGCUUCAAUACAUGACAUGACGUACGGAGACGUGUUCUUCGAAAUUGUUUACCCAGAGAGCAUACAGUACACGUUUAGGCUGAGACCAGCCAAGGAUUUUGGUAUUCCAUUCGUAAGUCAGCUAAAUUUCGAAAAAUAUUCUUUGUCCCGAAUAGGAAAUUCUCUUCCCAGGGAUUGUUCUUUCUUGAGCAAGGCUAUUCAGGCCGAACGCGCUGGGGCACUGGGUGUCAUCAUAAUGGAUGAUAAUGCGGAAGACGACGAUAUCUUUAUUGACAUGGUUGACGAUGGAACCUCGAGAGAUGUCAAUAUCCCAGCGGGUUUCUUGCUGGGGAGGAAUGGGUUCGCCAUUUUACGAGAGUUGGACAAGCUUCGUCUGCCGUAUGCGUUAGUGAACAUUCCCGUGAAUAUGACACUUUCUCCUGGAAAACUUCUGAAGCAGACACCUUGGGUUAUCUGGAGUUGAGAAAUGCGAAUUACCGGCGUUCCAGCUGCGGGAAUCGUGAUUUUUAUUGAUGCGAUGCGUGUGUGAACUUUCAGGGGACGCCUUGGCAGCGUAAACAAUGGCUAGUGAUAAACUGCUUUACUUCAA